UUUGUCAUGAUAUUCUAAUUUUAUGACCAGCACCUGUAUAUAGCGCCAUGGCGAGUGUGAUUAUCAGAGCCAGACAAUCCAAUAGGCAACAUAGGCGGUAGCUUAGGGCUCUGGAAUCCCCCUUGCAUCGUGCUAUGGACAACAAGGGGCACCGUUUUGGUAACUGAAGGGGCAAGUGAUCCACCGGCACUAGUUAUGAUGACUUUAAUCCUAACCGCGACACAUGCCGACAUUUCGCGCAAUGGCCCCCGCGAGAGUCCCGAGUCUUCUUGUUUUAACUUGGCCUGUUUCGGUUUGCAUUCUUAAUAAAAAUGUUCCGUUGUUUUCGCCCGGGAUCGAACCGGGGACCUUUCGCGUGUGAGGCGAACGUGAUAACCGCUACACUACGAAAACCUAUAUCUCAAAUUAUAAGCCUUAUUACAAUUCCUGCGGCUUUUGCAGCUCGAGCCUGUUACAUGUAUGCAAAAAAAAAAAAUUGUUUUCCAGGUAGUGUCUAUAACAGUAUAUCUUGCUCAACUUCUAAUGUAUGUGUAUUUAAGCUUGCAAAAGAAAUGCGUUUCGCCCAUACCAUUCAGCUGGCAAUUCAAAUGGACUGGAUCCUAAACACUACCAGUUUGGCUUUGACCCCACGUUCUGUGGGGAAGUCAAAGAGGAGCAUCGUAAUGAAGACACGAGCAAGGAAAAGAAAAGAAUGGAUUGCGCGUGAAAGCGAGUUUUUCCUUUUUUGGUAAAUCAAUUUGCGUAACCACGCCCUUGUUUCGUCUAUCAUCAGGCGCCAGACAGCAGCAACACAAGACUCCGCCCUAGCACGACACGGAACGCCCAUAUGUGUUUUUGAGGAGGCGGUGGAUUCGAAAACCACACAGAUGAUGUUGAUGAUGCUUGUCCUGGCAGAAUACUGUCGUGCAGCGGUGCCCUUUACGAACUACAAAUUCGGACGUCGCUGCUGUGAGCAUCCCGCACAGGCCAGAAACAAGACUAGAAAUCCCGAAGGUUUUGGGCCUUUCCGUCAGCACCUUGUAAACCCCAGCUGGGAAGCAGUCAAGGGAGUUAAAGCCUCAGGCCUGCUAGCUGACGUGCAGAUCCACAUCAUGGAGGUGCCUGUGAGCUACCGCAAAGCACAAGAGGUCAUCCUUGGCAUGUGGAGAUCUUUGAAUCCCAAGCUGGCUGUUCAUUUCGGAGUUGCCCCCAGAUCUGACACCAUCAUUCUGGAACAAACAGGAAAGAACACAAAGUACACCAACAGAGACAUUGAGGGGCUGUGCCCCAGUAAAGGAUGCUGUGUUGAAGGGGGGCCGCAGCAGAUUGACUCCAUCAUUGACAUGAAAGCAGCGAGGAGACGCCUGCAACUCUUGGGCCUGGAUGUCCUUUACUCGAGGGAUGCUGGGAGGCUGGUGGUCUCCUGCGAGGACACUGACAGUACAGCAGCCCUGAUCUUGAUUAAGCAGGUUAUUAGCAAAUCUGAUUACGCAACUUGUAGUCAAAGGGGAUGUCAAAGCUGACGACUGGUCUCGCUGAUCUCGGCCACCUGAGGAUAUCAGAUUACAUCACUUGAAAUUGCAGGGUAUGUCAAAUUACACAAUGACUUUCCAGCACAGUUUUAUAUUUCUAAAUAAUGACGUCCCCCCCUUCGACAAUGAACAACAUGCAGCCUGACUGAGCCAGGGCCCACGUGAAGGCUUUACAGGUCUAGCCGGAUUGGUCGCUACCUUGGCCCUUUGGUUCAAGUCACAGGUGCGUGGCGCGACUGCCUCCAACUCGCUAAGAUUAUGUGAACUGAAAAGCAACGUGAAGUAUCACGGCCUGCAGUGACAGACGCAAUCACUUUCAGCUUUAACCGAACAGUAGAUACAGCAUUUGUGGGCUAACAACGAACUAAACGCCGUCAGGUACCACCGAAGGAUUGGACCCGUUUCACUGCCACAGUGGCCUGGAAGUAGACCAGAUGUUGGGACUUCAUCCUCAUCCCCUGGUUAUCCCAUUUCCCAAUGGCAUCAUGGGUGCAGUUCAUCCUUGUGCGGGUACUGAACUGAAUGACCGGUCUGUCGCAGGAUUCAUUUUCUCAGUGGAAGGAUAGCCUUGUUAUUGGACUCUGGUGGGAAAGAAGACAAGAAAAAUCGACCCAGGAUGAACGGGUUAUUUGAAUAAAUCUACGCACGGGACCAGCUCAAAGAACGUCACUCAACUCCACCAGCACAGCCACACAAACAUCUGGCGGAUAUUAGGACGGGUGUUUUUUAUUCAUUUUUAUGAUUGUUUCUGAACCGACUCUGCUGAUCUUUAUAUGCAAUUAUCGUUUUGUUUUUGGUUUGCUUCUAACAUCACUUUCAUUCUAAGCUGUAGUUUCCAGACUAUUGCAUUUUUGGCUUUUUAUUUGGAUACCACCUUGAUUUUCAUGCAUGUUGCCAUUUUAGUCGUCUCGUUGUUAGAAGACACUCCUGCGUCCCCUGAAGUCUUUGACGUGAUGGGUUAGAAGGUUGCCUGUGACAUUUCCUCAUCCAAGUUUGUGGAUAGUUCAAAGGAAAUCUGUGUGGUUGUUGUUCUGCUCUUUAUUAGUAUUUAUGGACCCCUUCUUAACUUUGACUUUAAUAUACAAUUAGGUUUUGACGACAGAUUCUUGGUUAUAGUCUUUGCUUGUAUUUAUUGACGUUUCUUCUGUUGGUCAAAUCUAUUUUUCAAAGUUGUAAUUGGAGUUAAACCCGAGUCAGACUCGAGGUGGCAUUUAAUGACCUGCUUUAGAGGCAGGGAUCUGCCAUCUACUGGAUGAAAUGACAUCACACUGUAAAAAAUAGGAACAUUACUAUGCUUUCUUCUGCUUUAUGCUAACUCAUUAAUAUUCACAAUGACAAUCACUUCUUGACUCAAGCACCAGUGAGGACGAUGUGAACUGGCAUUGGCGGUAAGUGAAGCUAAUACAGCACUGCACGACUGAACCGCUGGGAUAAGCUCGGUGAAUUUGGUCGUGUGAAGCGUCGCUGUAGUGCAACAGUAGCUACGUGACAAAAAGGCAAAAAUGAUUGCGAUCAAGUGGAAGGACAAAAAAGUUCACAGUGCAGCAACUGUCAGUGGGAAAUUUCAGGGGAAAUGAAGACACUAAAGCGACUGAGCCUACAAAAACACAAGGGGGGCAGGCAUGUCAGACAUGGACAUUCGACCUUCUCAUGUGCAAGGAAGAGAAAAAUAUUCUCAGGAAAAAAUGCACAAAGAAACGCACUUCUACUGUCCCGAUUGUGAUGCUGGGCCGUGUGUUGGCAACGGUUUUAAAACGGAUCACACAAAGGAUGGAUACUAAAUCUGCAUCAGCACAGCAGUGGACCUGUCCUACUCUAUUUAAGCUAACAUUUUAGUAUGUACUGUACGUGUAUUUUUACAUGUAAUAACAUUUUUUUCUUGUUGAAAAAAAAAAUCUUUUUUGGUUUGUUUUUCUGGGGUAAACAUAGCGAGGUUAAUCAGUGCCAUACUGUUUUAGAGCUGCAGUCUAAAAUGUAACCAGAGGACAAAAUAAGAAUUGGUAAUUGGAUAUAUAAUCAUGUACCUGAGGAUGAGCCUUUAGAAUGGGCAGCUACCAUGACAGAGAGCGGAGGUCAUCCAUGCUGUCAGUCUGCAGAUCCACUUGUGCAAAACUGAGAAAGAUCUUUGAUGUCCUGGUUGGGUAUGAAGUAGCUGUGAAUAAACUGUUAAAAUUUAGGCAAGGAAAUAAAUUGUUCGGGGAGCACAUUGUUACCUUCUAAAGGCUGGCAGCUCAAGUGAGCAGGGGCGAGCUCACGACACCAGGGACACUCUAGAUGAGGUCAUCAAUUUAGUGAUUAACUGAAUGAAAAAAUGGAAAGGAAACGUGAGAGUGUUCUGUAUGUCCUAUAGAGAAACAACAUCUGGCUGGUUCGUGGAAUUGGGGAAACACAGGAGUAGUCGUAAAAAAAUGACAAGAAAAAUAAUGUUUUCAUUGUGCAGAUCCUGAAC